GAGAGAGAGGGGAUCAGUAGGUGAGUGGACGAAGGAUUAACAGGCGUGACAGUGGAUAUGGGUUAAGGGAACAGGGGGAAUAGGCCCGGAUAGAGAGAAUAGAAAAAGAGUAAAAGAGAAAGGAGAGGUCAGAGAGUAUAAGAAGAACUGAGAUACCACUUGGAGAGAGGACUGAGCGUUUGUUUGUGGAACUGAGUGGACCCAUUGCUAGAAGACUUGACAUCAACCAACAGCUACCAUGUACAGUGGAUAUGGAGGGAGUCCAUCCCGAACACUCUCCACCAUGUCGCUGUCCGUUCGCCCAGUCAGACGCCUCACCUCCAGAUCCAUCACUAGGAGCCAGAGCUUCACUGGAGUCAACACUUACGACAAGCCCUACAGGAACCUCUCAGUGUUCAGCACGCCUGGUCUCAGCAGGAAGCCUAGCCGGGCCAGCAGAAUGUUCACUAUGUCCACCAAGUCCAACCCACCACCUAAAGUUCCUCAACCAGAGCGACUGGAUCAGGUCUAUGAGGCCCUGAAAAAAGGCCUCCAGUCUUACUUGCAGGUUCAUCAGAUGGACUUGGACAGCCUCAGCAGACAGAUGAAAGAAUCAAAGAGGAACUCCAGGCUGGGUUUCCUGUAUGAACUGGAUAAGCAAGUGAAGGUAACCGAGAGGUACAUAAGACGACUGGAGUUUCACCUCAGCAAGAUUGAGGAGCUAUAUGAAGCCUACUGCCUACAGAGAAGACUCAGGGACGGGGCAAACAAGAUGGUGAAGGCUUACACUGCCUCUCCAGGCAGCAAGGAGGCCAGGGAGAGUUUAGCAGAAGCCAAUAAAGGAUACAAAGAGUACACAGAGAACAUGUGUGUGUUGGAGAGUGAGUUGGAGAACCAGCUGGGUGAGUUCCACAUUAAGAUGAAAGGUCUGGCUGGAUUUGCCAGGUUGUGUGCUGGUGACCAGUAUGAGAUCUUCAUGAAGUAUGGCCGGCAGCGGUGGAAGCUGCGAGGCAGAAUAGAGAUCAAUGGCAAACAGGUGUGGGACAGUGAAGAGAUGGUGUUUCUGCCGCUCAUCAGUGAGUUCCUCUCUGUGAAGGUGACAGAGCUGAAGAGCUUAGCCAAUCACGUGGUUGUAGGAAGUGUUUCCUGCGAGACUAAGGACCUGUUUGCUGCACUACCCCAGACGGUUGCCGUGGAUAUCAAUGACCUUGGGACUAUUAAACUAAGCCUGGAAGUCACCUGGAAUCCAUUUGAUAAAGAUGACCAGGGGUCAUUGGCAAGCACUGUCAACAAAGCUCCAUCCGUCAGUAAGAGAUUCUCGACAAUCUUCAACCAGAGUCCACCUGAUACGCCGUCUUUACGUGAACAAGCCUUCUAUUCUCUGCCUCGGACUCUGACCAAGCGGCAGCACUGGCCGUUGUUGGACAUCUUCAGAGACACACUUAGCCACAGCUGCUCCUGUAGUGACAACUCGCCAACAAGACAGCCCACUGCAAACAUGCUCCGCCGCCAUGAAGAGUUGGAAAAUGGAACAGCGUGGUCUAAUUCAUCUGAAUCCUCUGAUGACUCCUCCAGCCCUCAGCUGUCGGUAGGAGGGCUACGCAACUCCACACAUCAGAAGGCGGUGGUGGUGACACCAGAGAUCCAGCCAGCUGUGACAGGAAGUUCCUCCUCACAGACUGACAUCUCAUUUUGCCUCAGAGACUCCUCCACCUCAACUCCAAACUCUACCCACAAAGUCAGCACCGUCAGUGAGGUUCCCAACACAUCCAAACACCAAGCAGAGAGCAACAGAGAAGAGGCGAAGGGGGCAGUUACCGUGAUGACAAAACCCAACAGUGAGGAAGAGGACGCAGGGAGACAGUCAUCCAUAGCAACAGUGGAUGAGGUGGUGACCAAUAGCCACUCCUCACGUAACUACUUGCGCUCUCUGAGCCACAUUAGUGAAAGCAGUGCUGAUGGCACUCUGUUGACGGACAGGUCAGCCGGUGAAUCAGGGGAGGUCACCUCUUUGGUCUCUGGGGUCUCUAUCAAUGACAUUGAAAUGGAGCUGCCCAGCAGAACUCCUGAGCCGCCCAGCCCUGCUGACCUGUCACCAAAGAGGCUCGGUGUCAUCGAAGACACAACCGCUGAUGAUCUCACAGAUCGACAUCAAAACGGGAAGAAGCAGGAUACAUCCAGCGCCGUCCUCACAUCCUUCUCUCCCAGGACUGCGGGAGAGGACCCUAGCUCUCUGUCAGAAACAAACACACCCCCACACAUUCCUCCAGAGAACGGGGAUGAGACCUAUGUGGCCCGGCGGGUGUCAGUGGAGGAGGAGAUGACGGAUUGUCUGUCCGGAGACGGUGAUGGGCCAGUGGACAGUGGGCUGGAAGACGCCCUGGGAGCUGUAGUUUCCUCUCUAGAUGAUUACAGGGGACAGUUCCCUGAGUUACAACUGCUGGAACAAGAGCUGAGGCUGCUGCAGGUUACACUGAAGGGUGGUAAGCACAGCCGUUCACCCAGCAUGGUGAGCCUCACAGUGGAAACAGCUCUGGGCAGCUUCGACUUCCUCAACACGUCUGACUGGGAGGAGGAAGAGGAGGAGAAAGGCGAUAAGAGAAAUAGAAAUGGCAGGUCUUUGCAGGACAGAGGCUGGGACAGCCCCUUCUCCCCCACCUGCCCCCUCACCACAGGCUGCACCACGCUAGACUGCGCCCUGGUGGUCCACUUGAAGAACUGCAGCACACAGCUGCUGUGUCUGGGUACGUUUGGUCCCCUGCGGUGUGGAGAGAUGUAUGCCUUAGACAGACUGCUGAGAGAGGCUAGAGUCCUCGAAAUCAUCCGGCGCAUCACCAAGGACAACCCAAGACGCCUGAGACAGCCCGCUGAAGUGAUACCACAGCUGGGCCUGUGCCUGGGCGCGGUGUCACUAUGGCAACAGUGCGUGGGGCAGGGCAGCGUGUACAGUGUCCAUGCUGAGAGCUUCCUGGUGACGUUGUCUACAGUCUACUCCAGCAUGCUGCCCGAGAGGGCCAGCAGCAUGGCCGACACAGUGUUCUUGUGUCUGAUUGAGCGUAUGCUGGAUCAGAGGUUACCACGGCGAGGCAGCCAUAGAGACAGAGUCACGGUGACGCUCUUUCACCUGUGGAGUUACUUGGAGGCCAACAGCAUCAGUGACAUGGAAACACACAUCACUGAGCUGGCAGAAGAAGUGUGGUUGGUGCAGAGCCUGGCGACAUGUGACCAGGAUGUGAUCGUCCACACUCUGCGGCGUCCUGCAGAGUGCAGCCUGAGGAGAGAAGGACUUCAUGCUGUGGCCAAAUUACUGAAAGACCCACGAGGCAAAGUGUCAGCCUCUGCCAGCUCUGUGCUGAGGAGCCUGGCUGCCCAGCCCAGACACAGAGAGCAGGCUUUGGUCAGCUGUUUGGAGCUGCUGGAAGAUGAGAAUGUGGACUCCAGAGUCUGUGGAUGCAAGGCCUUAGCUUGUCUCAAGGCCAAAGAAAGCAUUGACCAGUUAGUGUAUCUUUGUCGAACGGACAAGGAGGAAGUCCGCGACGCUGCCAAACAAGCGCUGCUGGUGCUCGGCGAGGAGGGGAAGAUGGCCCACAGACACGUAGAGACAUCUCAGGACAGCAUACCGAGACUCUUCGCUCCAGGAAGCAUGGCCAGCACAGCUUUCUAACACUACACACACACUGGGUGGGAAAGAAAGUCAGCAACACAAUAUGAAUGUUGUGCUUUGAAUAUACAGUAAGCUGUUCUUCUACCCCCUUUCUACCACUGAAGACUAAUCUAGUAUAUGAUGUACAGCAUAUACACUGUCAGAGAGGUUGCCAUAAUGCUCACAUCAAGGACAACAACUCUGCCUAACACUGGGUGAACUUAUAAAGUUAGUAAGCUACAAACAGACCACGUUUAUCAGCCUGUGCUAACCACUCUGAGAAAAUCAGCUGGACUGUAAAGAUGCCGGGAAGAAUGUUCAAUGGAAUGAUGGGUAAAGGGAGGAGCAGAAGGGUGAAGCUCAAGGAAGAAGGUGCAGAGAGAAGAGUCUGUGUUGCCUGAGUAAUAUUCAAGUCAAAUUACUGAACAGACUCGCCAUCGCAGUCCUGUCCUUCCAUGACCCAGACAUUAUAUAUAAAAUGAUUUUUAUUAUUUUAAAGCAACUUAGCAAAAGUCUAGAAAGCUAUGUAAAGUCACUUUGUUACAUAAUUGUAUUCAUUCAUUCAUUAUCAAGUGCCCCAAAAUAUAAAAAAUAUAAUAUAAAAUAUUCUUGAUUAUCUUGACUAGUGAACAAGUAGUCUACAUAGAGUAAAUAUUCCACUGUACAGUAUAAUGUUACCCCAACUGUUACAUAAAGCUACCCUUCUUAAUGGAUACUGCUGUCUUUAGUGUAGGCUAGAAGGCGUUUUUGAGCAAUCCUGCACCAGAUAGAACAGAUGUUCUGCAGUUCUGCCUUCACUAUCACCACUGACCUACUUCUGCUGCUUGAUUUUUUUUUUUUUUUGCCAGAUGACUGUGGUUCCCUGUCUGCAGCACUUGCAGCAAGGCAAUAGUCAAGACCAUAUUUGCUGAAACUUUCACUAUAUCCUGACAGUAGUACAAGUGACAGAUAAUCUGUGAAACAAUCAGGUUCCUCUGGCUCCUCCUAGUGCUCCUAAUGGUAUUUGCAAGAAUCCACCGGGCCUGAAUGAAAAGAACCAAUCAGAGCUGCGAAAAGUAGUUGAUAGUUGAGUCUCAUUCCGAAGUUGUCAAAUACCUACAUUUUGGGCCCUGGGGAUGAGAAUCGAAAAUCAGCUGUCUCUCUCUGAUGUUUUUAUAAAAGUGACAUACCGCAGCUUUAAGACAAGAUUUGAGACCACGCCAAGGCCAUUCAAAAUUCUUCAUACAUUAGUCUCACUGUUUCUUGUAAAUGAGCCUACAUGUUUCAUUUUUUGCUAACCAUAUUUGAGAUUACUGCUCUAAGAAAUAAUUAAAUAGUAUUCCAGACAAAAACUUGUUGCACAGUGUUACAAGCUAACUAUGAGAGUAUGAUGUCGGUCCACACUGAAAUGCAUAAACUCACAGUUGAAAUGAGAUGCUUAGUAAUUACAUGGCAAAGACGCUACGCAAAAUGAGGAUUACCUGCACGGAACAGUUGAGGUGAUAUGAGGGGAUGUUUUUCUCUAUGGGGAUCUGACAGCAGAACUACAGUCGUCUAUGAGGCAUGAGUCCAAACACAUGCAACAACCAUAAGAUAAUCAAAUCAUUUCAAAACCAAAGUAGUACUACGGUCCUGACGCUGUGCAAUGCACUUCAGAAGGGAUACACUGAAUCUGAAAAUUAAGUCACCAUGCCCACACUUUAUCCGUGCAUAGAAACUGUGAUUGACUCGCUUAAACUCUCAAAAUACACAUAUUCUGAAUUUAUUGAUAUAAAUUCCUUUUUUGCAGGAACAAGUAGCAGAUUAUUAAAACUGUGUGAAGGACCAGUAUGUAGGAUUUAGUGGCAUAUAGUGGUGAAUUUGUAGAUUGCAACUAACUGUUGUUCUCUUUCCAAGUGUGUAAGAGAAACUAUGGUGGCCGCAAAAUAUGCAAAAAACGCGAAUGGCCCUAUCUAGAGCCAGUGUUUGGUUAGUCCAUUCUGUGCUACUGUAGAAACAUGGCGGUUCAACAUGGUGGACUCUGUAAAAGAGGACCUGCUUUCUCUGUAUAAAAUACAAAACAGCUCAUUAUAAGGUAACAAAACACACUUCUUAGUUGAUUAUACACUAAUGAAAUACCGAUUAUACCUAUGAAAAUGAUAUUCCAUUUCUGACAAUAGAUCCUCCUAAAUGUUACACACUGGACCUUUUUAUAUGAAAUCCACUUGCCACUGGAUGUCAUCAACUCUGGUUUGGUCGAAUUAAACCCUUAAUUCAGAGUAGGAUGUGAAAAUAUUUGUGAAAUGGCUGCAAUGGUUGGCCAGCAUAAGCUAUCGUUAAUCCUUGUAGACAAAUGCACCCAUCAAAGUCUUACACAGGCAGAGGGAGUUUGACACCAUAACUCCACUAUAUCUUUACAUAGAGAAUAGUUCCUGCUGCUCUAUUAAAAUUCUAAAUCUCAUAUAUAGAUAUAUAAUCUUAAGGCCAGUGUGAGGCUUUAGCACUCUGCCCUCUGGUAGCACAGCAAAGGGGAUUUUUUGUUCCUGCAGUGAAAAAGAAAUAUAAAAAAUGCCAAACAAAUAUGAAAUACAUCUUGAAGAUCUUUAUUUUUGAGUGCAAACCACUACUUGUUCCUACCGAGCUGGACUUCAAAUCUUGAUUUAGAGGUUGACUUUGGCAUGUCCUGUAGGUCACAGGACUGUGUUACUGUGUUGAAGGAUAGCCACACGCUGGGAGGCAAAGAAAUGGGGGGGAUGGGAAAAUACAUGUUGUAUGUACUUUUACAUUCUUCCUGGAUCUGUCAGUGGAGCUGGAGUCUGUAUUACAAGCCACUUGUAACAGGUGUAGGGCUUCACUGUGUUGCUCAGGAAGGCACAUGGUGGCUGAUGCAGGGAGAGAACCCUGGAUCCUGUAGUUUCAGCAGCUCAAACAGCUACAGUAAACAGCCAGCAGCAUGUUUCAACUGGCAGACUAAAACUGAGAACUGCAACACUGCUUUUGCUGGCUCAUUAACUGUGAAAUGUCUUCCAAUUCAAAAGUUAAAAAUGAAAGCUUUUCAUUCUCUGUUUGCAUGCCUUCAUGUUUAAUGUUGUCCAUAUGUUGACAACACAUUCAAAAGAAAGAAAAUACACACUGUAGUUUUAUAUAAAGGUCUGAGAUUAGAGAAGACUUGUUUCUGCACAGAGAAUGGUUCAAGCAAUUCAGUGCCAUUACUUUUUUACAAUUAUGACAUAUCUUAUUCCUGAUUGAAAUGCAUUUAACAUGACUAUAUGACACUGGAAUUCAAUAUUCUGUGAUUGUAAAUGUUUUUAUCUUAAUUUGUAAAAUGUACACUUUGUUUUAUGAGAUGCAUUUUUACUGUUAUUAUGACACAGUUUAUUUUCAGUCAUUCAACCAAUCGGUCUGAUGAACUGACUGAGUGGAUGGCACUACUGUCUAUACUGACAUACCUGCUGUAAAUGGGCUGGCGCUCUGUUUGGAGUCACUGAAUGUUUGCUUUACUGUCACAGACUGCUGUGUGUGUGUGGGGGGGGGGUGUCACUGAGUAGAGAUGGAUCAGCCCACCCAGGUCUGGGAUCAGUUCACUUUAAAUUCAGAUCAAUAAACCUGAAACCUAUUAGAAAGACUAAGAAUUCCCAUUUAUCCUUUUGUGUUAAUUAAUUAAUAGCAUCCUUUAUACACCUGAAUAGUAAUAAUUAUAACAGAACUUAAUUUAAUUUCAAGUGAACUGACCCCAGACAUGGAAUCAUAAAUAAUUAAAGGACCAUACUAGUGUUUUUGCAUGUUUAUUUCAUUUAACAUACGAAAUCUUUACAAUGCUGCUGACUAUUUUCCAAAUGUUGCACAUUGUAUUCACCUAAGAAAAGCAUUGAAGGUCUUAUUAUAUUUUUAUAUUUAUAUUCUUAAUGACAUCAUAAUUACAAGAUCUGUAUUAAUGGCUCAGUUUUUUAUAAUUAACAGAUGUGUAUCUAAUAAUUUAGGUGUACAAAAGCUGUAAUUAUAAAUUACCCCCAUGUCAUUAUAAAAUGGUUUCCUCAUAAUUAUGAAAUAGGAUCUCAUUAUUUUUUAGAUAUAUUGUCAUAAUUAUGAGAUACUAAGUAAUAGUUCCCUUGAGGCAACCCAGCACAGUAAACACCAUGUCUGCAACAAUAAUGUAACAAAAAGUAAAGAGACUGUGAUGGAUUACCAAACUCUAGCAAGUUUCAGCUCUUUGUAACCUGAUAUCGAUUCUGUACACAUUCAACAAUUUUACCUUCCUACUAGCUUGGGACAAGAGCCAUUAUGAAGUCAAGAAUAUGCUUUUUAGUAAAUGGGUAAAAAUCCAAAAACACUGGUGUUGUGCUUUAAACAGAGUUGACUUGAACAAAGACACAAAGUAUUGAAGCAUCAUAUGCUGUUGUCCUUUCCGCAAGUUAUCCACACUGAAAAUGCCAACAUGUCCAUCCCCAGUGACUACAGUUGUCCCUGUUUAUUGUAAUCCUGUUCCAUUAGUUUCAUAGUGACGCUGCAGACAGUGAUGAUGCUGCCACACCUUUUUCAUAUCCUGAGCACCGUUACUGGAAGGUCAUCUCAGUGUAUAUACAAUUAGUAUACUAAUAGUAUAUAGACAUGUCCCACUCUCUUACUGUAUACUAAUGGGAUGAAACAUGAUAUAUUAAUGUGGACAGUGCACUGUUCGGGCCCUUUCUAACAGGAAAUGAUGUCACUCUUAGCAGCACUGGCAGUGGGGCUCUACUGACAGCAGUGUAGGUCAGUCUGUCCAUCACUUUGACUGAAAUAUCUGAACAAAUAGUAGAUGGAUCCAUGAACGUGGUUGAGGGUAUAAAUUGUAAUAACUAACUUUGUCUUUAGCUCCAUCAUCAGGUCAACCUUUAACGGGCCGUAUUGACCCUUCCUAACCCCAGCCCCUUCGAUAUGCUAGGUGCUAGCUCAGCUGUUGUACGACAGUUCAAAGAUAAAAGUGACAUAUAUUCAUAACUAGUCACAUUUUAAGUUAGCUAGUGUUAGCAAAACACUGGCUAACUUGCUAGAUAAUCUACAUCAACUGUUUGCUAGCUAAUUUGCUUCCAUUUGGUAACAUUAGCUAUUAGAUGUAACUAGCUAACGUUGGAUAACAAUUAAUGUAGAUUACCAAGCUAGUUCGCUGAUAACUAACCAGCUAACUAGCCAGCUAAUGAUUGAUGUAGAUUAGCUAGGUCAUUAGCUAGCAUUUUGCUAACAUUGGCUAACUUAAUAUGUGACUAUACACCGAUCAGCUCUAACACUGUGAGCACUGACAGGUUAUCUGUUAUCAUGGCUCCUGUCAGUGGGGGGGAUACAUCAGGCAGUAAGUGAACAUGUUGUCCUCAGUGUUGAUGUUAGAAGCAGGAAAAAUGGAUAUGAGCGACAAAAGUGCUCCAAGGAAGGAAAAGUGGUGAACCGGAGACAGUGUCAAGGCUCAUUGAUGCAGGUGGGGAGUGAAGGCUGGCCCGUGUGGUCCGAUCCAACAGACGAGCUGCUGUAGUUAAUGCUGGUUCUGAACACACAGUGCAGUUUGUUGGUAUGGGACCAGUGAGGAUGCCCAGGAGGUCAGAUUGUUAUAGCUGAUCAGUGUACCAGGUUCAGGUUCCUAAUGUAUAAUGUGCCAACCCUGUUUACUUCCCUUAGACUGACUUAAAUAUUCUUAGCAACACCAAAUGGUAUUGAGAAUUGACUUCUUUGAGACCCUUGGGAGAAACAAAUGAGUAGUAGCUGUGCUUGUAAGGAUGUAACCAUCCUCAGAGGAUUGGGGCCAUGGAUUAAAAAAAUCUAUUGUGUGACGAGGAAAAUGCACUACACAGAUCAAAGUCAGAAUCCUCAUAAUAAUGUUAGAAAUAGUAUAAUAGUAAGAAUUUGGGCAGAAAAACACUGAUAUCUAAAAACAGAAAUAUAUUUUUUCUAUUGAAGGCAAUAAUGAAUUACUAAUUGUUGAUGUGAGGGGUGAUCAAACAAUUAGCAAGUUGUAUAUUGUGUUCAGUGUGGAUUAAUCCAGCAUAUAAACUGCAGUGAUACUGGAAUACAGGACUGAUGUCACAUGGGGGGACUUACUAUUUGUAUAUAUGAUAUAAUACCAUUAUUAGUAUGAAGUAUAGCAAUCUGCAGCUAUACCUCUGCAUCCAUAAAGCACCUCAGUGUUCAAGUGCCUCAAGGUUUGAUAGUAGAGCUGCAAUAAGACAUGGAUGAGAUACUGUAUUUAAGAAUGAAGAGAGUGUGAAGCAAUGGAAAGCCCAUGCAGCACAGCAUAUAUAUAUAUAUAUAUAUAUAUACAUUCCACAAUCUUGAUAGAUUGUGCAGCAUUGAAAACAAAAUGUUUUAUUCUUUUUUUUUUCUAAAAUAUAUUUCCAGGCAUUCUGGUGUCAAAUAUAUACAAUUAAAAAUGUGUUUAAAGGUU